AUGAUCUUGAAUGCCUUUGUCAUGAAUACUCCUGGCCAUCUCGCACCUGGAUUCUGGCGACAUCCAAGAAACAAAACAGAUCAAUAUACAAAACUCUCCUUCUGGACAGACCUAGCACAGCUCCUCGACAAAGCACAGUUCCAUGCCAUGUUUAUCGCAGAUACCCUGGGGCCGUAUGACGUAUACAAGGGCCCUGCAAAUGUCGUGCCAGCUCUAGCAUCUGGAGCUCAAUUUCCGGUCAAUGACCCACUAUAUCUGGUUCCUGCAAUGGCAGCUGUGACCAAGAACCUCAUUUUCGGGGUCACUGCUAGCUUGACUUAUGAAAAGCCUUAUGCGCUUGCUCGGCGUCUAUCGACAGUAGAUCAUCUCAGUGAAGGUCGGGUUGCCUGGAACAUCGUCACAUCAUACCUUGAUAGUGCAGCUCGCAACCAUGGGCUGAAGGAGCAGAUUCCCCACGACGAAAGAUACGCAAUUGCCCAUGAGUAUAUGGAAGUAUUGUAUAAACUGUGGGAGGGAAGUUUCCGAGAUGACGCUGUUGUUCGAGAUCGCAAGCAAGGUAGCUACAUCGCCAGUGACAGCGUUGUCCAGAUUCACCACAAGGGCAAAUAUUUUGAGGUACCUGGCCCGCACUUCUGUGAGCCUUCUCCGCAGCGUACCCCAUUCCUCUUCCAAGCUGGAGUAUCCGAGGCGGGCAAUGGCUUCGGGGGAAAACACGGCGAAGCCAUCUUUGUCGGAGGCCAGACGCCUGAAGGCGUCAGGAAAACUGUUGAUAACAUUCGCGAGGUAGCACGAAAGGAAGGGAGGAAUCCAGAUCACAUCAAAGUGAUUGUGGGAAUUAACGUUAUUGUCGCUUCAAUGGACGAGGAAGCUCAGGCCAAGAAGGAAAGCUAUCUUCAGUAUGCUGACCAAGAAGGAGCUUUGGCACUUUUCGGAGGAUGGACUGGAGUCGAUCUCUCUGGCUAUUCAGAUGAUGAAGAUUUCCGCUUCACUGAUUCGCCUAGGUUGCAGUCGAUAGUCCGAAGAUGGUCAGACACUGUCCCAGGAACAGACAACCUCCCAUGGACCAAACGAAGAAUUGUAGAAUAUCUCAGCAUUGGCGGCCUCGGGGCAAAGGUUGUAGGCAGUCCUGCAACAGUAGCAGAUGAGUUAGAGAGGUGGAUCGAAGUGUCUGGGGUAGACGGCUUCAAUCUGGCUCAUGUCACAAACCCAGGUAGUUUUGAAGAUAUCAUUGAGUAUCUUCUUCCUGAACUGCGAAGUCGAGGCGUAUUCCGAAGUGGUGUCGAGAAAGAAGGCGCAACUGCAAGAGAAGUGUUUAUCAGGUCUAAGAGACUACCGGAAGAUCAUCCGGGUAGCCAGUACAAGUGGAGAGCUGGCGAAAGCGUGCCGAAAUACCUCCAGCAACAAGCUGAGACAGCAGAUAGCAGUUAG